UUUAAUCUUACAUUGAACAAACACUGAAGUAGCCCGGAGCAGACUCUGACAGGGGUAGUAUCUCCACUGCGGAGAAGGGCGUGCAGGGCCGGCCUGGCGUCUCCACCGCCGGGAUAGCCUGGCCCUUGCGUGGCGGACCUCCCCCGACCCCUCUUUCGCACUCUUCUCGCUCUCUUUUUGUCUUCCAUAGAUUGUCGAGGAAAUCAUUUUUGAGCAUUUUUACUUUAAAGCGAUCUCGACCCUACUUGAUCUGAAUCUCUGGGCAUGUAGUCCACACAGGACCAAAGAAUCUGAGAAAUUGCAGAGGCGCGGUGUUUAUGGAGCUUUGGGCGGGGGCCGAGCCCGCAGUUGUUGCCCCCGCCCGCCACCGAGGCCAUGCAGCCCCAUCGGCGAGAGGAGCUGCUGCCGCCCGGCCUCCGGGGCUGAGCCAGGAGCCGCGGGAGGAGGAGGCGCCGGCGGCGGAGCUGGAACCGGAGUCGCGGAGGCAAGCAGCGCGGUGGACCCAGUACUAUGGCUGUGUACUGCUAUGCACUCAAUAGCCUGGUGAUCAUGAAUAGCGCCGACGAGAUGAAGAGCGGCGGCGGCCCGGGACCCAACGGCAGCGAGACGCCCCUGCCCUCUGGGAGGGCCGUGCUUAGCCCGGGCAGUGUUUUCAGCCCCGGGAGAGGGGCCUCUUUCCUCUUCCCCCCCGCCGAGUCGCUGUCGCCUGAGGAGCCCCGGAGCCCCGGGGGCUGGCGGAGCGGCCGGCGCAGGCUGAAUAGUAGCAGUGGCAGCGGCGGCGGCGGCAGCAGCAGCAGCAGCAGCAGCAGCGUGGGCAGCCCUAGUUGGGCGGGCCGCCUGCGAGGUGACGGGCAGCAGGUGGCGGCCGCCGGUACCCUUUCUCCUCCGGGACCGGAGGAGGCCCAAAGGAAGCUGCGAAUUCUGCAGCGCGAAUUGCAGAAUGUGCAGGUGAACCAAAAAGUGGGCAUUUUUGAGGCGCACAUCCAGGCGCAGAGCUGUGCCAUUCAGGCGCCCCGCAGCCCACGUUUGGGCAGGGCUCGCUCGCCCUCCCCGUGCCCCUUCCGCAGCAGUAGCCAGCCCCCUGGAAGGGUCCUGGCUCAGUGCGCCCCGAGUGAGGAACGAAGGACAAAAUCAUGGGGGGAGCAAUGUUCAGAGGCUUCAGACACCCAUUCUGUGAGGAGAAGAGGGCUCAGUCUAUGCCCCUCAAAGGAUAAGGAGGGAGUGGCACCUGGCCCGGCCGCCACAACGGGAUCAGGGGAGAGUGCAAAGGAUUCUGUGAGGAUGGAGAAAAGAACCCCUGCCAGUACCCCUUGUGACUCAUUCUUGGCUAUGGAAACUAACAAGAGGGUCGCUCCUCCUUCGGGAACUCGGAGCUGCCAAACUCCCCCAGUGGAGCUGGCGGGGACAAGCUUAGUGAUGGCCACAGCAGUGACUGUCACAGCCGCAUCCACUGGACCACACCGUCCACACGAUCCUGCCCUCUUUGAGCAGGCCUGUGAGCUUGGGGGCCCUCACCCCUGUGAGGCCCCAGUUGAGAGGCAGGGGCAGUUUCUGGGCAGUGAGACAAGCCCAGCCCCAGAGUGGGGCGGGUCCCGCCGUGGAGAGCCCCUUGGGAAGGUGGGGAAAGGAAAUCUGCCCUGUGGCAUGCCGGGCUCCCGGGCGCCUGAAGUCAAUGAAAGGCCAGAGGAUACGACUGUGAAUGCGCAAAGCUCAGAGUCAUCAGAGUCCCUGAGCUGGUCCAGGCCCCCUGAAGACCUGGGCUCUCUAGUUCCUGCCGAGACCCGAAGUGAGGUCUCAGUGAUCCAUGUACCCCGACAGCUCUCUGGCAGAGUGGGGAAAGGGUCUUCAACGUUGGGUUUGCUUGGUGUCAGCUGCUCAGCGCAGCCAGAGACUGGAGAAGUGGAGGCGGGAAUUUCUUCUGGCAGAAUGCUGGAGCCUUUGCCCUGUUGGGAAAUGGCAAAAGAUCUGAAGGAACCGCAGUGCCUUCCUGGGGAUAGGGUCGGUGUACAGCCUGCGAGCUCCAGAGCUUGGCUGGGCCCCAUGGAAGAAGCUGGUCUGGCCUGGACGUGUGGGACAGGGAUACAACUGGAGGGGACUUGGGAAAGCCAGUCGCAGGACAGAGAUGCUCACCCCAACAGGGAGUGGCUACCCCAGAAUCAGAAGGACAAGCCUUCUUUGGGACAGACCUGCAGUGCCAGCAACAUACCUGCUAUACCUGCAGUCAUCAUUACAGAUGUGGGUGCCCAGGAAGACAGGGGCCUGGAGGAGGUGCAGGGAAGCCCUAGGGGCAACCUGCCUCUGAGGAAACUGUCCUCUUCCUCUGCCUCCUCCACGGGCUUCUCUUCUUCCUAUGAGGACUCAGAAGAGGACAUCUCCAGUGACCCUGAGCGCACCUUGGACCCCAACUCAGCUUUCCUGCAUACUCUGGACCAGCAGAAGCCCAAAGUGAGCAAAUCAUGGAGAAAAAUAAAAAAUAUGGUGCACUGGUCUCCCUUUGUCAUGUCCUUCAAGAAGAAGUAUCCCUGGAUCCAGCUGGCGGGACACGCAGGGAGUUUCAAGGAGGCUGCCAAUGGCCGGAUCCUAAAGAAGCACUGUGAGUCAGAGCAACGCUGCCUGGAUCGACUGAUGGCCGAUGUGCUGAGGCCCUUUGUGCCUGCCUACCACGGGGACGUGGUGAAGGAUGGGGAGCGCUACAACCAGAUGGACGACCUGCUGGCUGACUUCGACUCUCCUUGUGUGAUGGACUGCAAGAUGGGCGUCAGGACGUACCUGGAAGAGGAGCUCACUAAAGCCCGGAAGAAGCCCAGCCUGCGCAAAGACAUGUACCAGAAAAUGAUCGAGGUGGACCCCGAAGCCCCGACUGAGGAGGAGAAAGCCCAGCGGGCUGUGACCAAGCCGCGGUACAUGCAGUGGAGGGAGACCAUCAGCUCCACGGCCACCCUUGGCUUCAGGAUCGAGGGCAUCAAGAAAGAAGAUGGCUCUGUGAACAGGGACUUUAAGAAGACCAAAACGAGGGAGCAGGUUACUGAGGCCUUCAGAGAAUUCACUAAAGGAAAUCAUAACAUCCUGAUCGCCUACCGGGACCGAUUGAAGGCCAUUCGAGCCACCCUUGAAGUUUCUCCCUUCUUCAAGUGCCAUGAGGUCAUUGGCAGCUCUCUUCUCUUCAUCCAUGACAAGAAAGAACAGGCCAAGGUGUGGAUGAUUGACUUUGGGAAAACCACGCCCCUGCCCGAGGGCCAGACCCUGAAGCAUGACAUCCCCUGGCAGGAAGGGAACCGGGAGGAUGGCUACCUCUCGGGUCUGAACAACCUCAUUGACAUCCUGACAGAAAUGUCCCAGGGCUCCCCGCUCGCCUGAGGCUCCCACCUCAUCCCUGCCACCUCUGCCUCCUCUCCUCCCCUUCGCUUCCCUUCUCCUUCUUAAUUGUUCCUCCAGUUCUUCCUGGGGUCAAGCCCCAGAACUGUCCCUCCUGAACUGCACUACAAGACACUUUGUAGAAGAGGAGAUAAGAUGAGAGUUUCCAGUUCUUUCCCUAACUUAAGGGCUUGGAGGUGGUGUUUCCACUUCUCUUUGUAAAUAGAAUCACCUUCUAGAAGGAAAUCACCCAAACCUAGGCUCAGCUUUCUGUACAAAUCAGUUGGGUUUAGAGCUUGGGUGGCCCCGGGAUCCCUGGCUGCCAAGGGGACCCUAGGAGAUGAGCCUGCCUGUGUGGGUGGCCUCCAAAAGCGCCGGAGGGCUACCUAUGGGAGCCUUCUGCCCCCUGGUGGCCACUGUCAGCGCUGCUGCCAAGCACAUCUAUCUCUGCCUCCCACCCAGAGCCCAGCAGCCCAGCCAGGUUCCUGGCUUCCUGGUAGUUGGGACACAAUAACCUCUGGGGAACUUCGUAUUGUUUGUGAGCACAGUUCCUUCCUACGAGCAGCUCCAGAGGCUUCCAGAGUUGCCGUGGUGGCCUUUCUAGGGCUACCAAAUCCCAACCCCCAUCCUGCUGAUACUGAAACCCUCCAGCUUUGGGCCAGACACUGCUGGGAACCAGAAGGAGGCUGUGUUCUCUGUCCUAAGCCUUCCCAGAAGGGGGCAGGCAGGAGCUGCAUUCUUCUAUCUGAAAUUGCCACCCAUGAAUUCAGAGGGCACAUUCUGCCAAGUUGAGUUUCUAGGGAUGCCACUCUGAUCACCCCAGAGCCACUGCUCAGUGGCCUCACUGCCCAGCUAUGACAAGGUCUAGGUGGCUCGGUGGGAGAAGUCAAGGUAUAGACAGCCCCUUGAAGUCGGGCAUGAACCCUUGAGGGUCUCUGGGACCCUGGCCCCAUUCAGGGGAGGAAGCUUGUCUCUUGUUCCCUCAUGUCCCUGGUGUUAGUUGGUCAACCCUGUUGGCAUACACAGGCCCCUUUCAUGGGGAGGGAGUCCCUAACAGUUACAAGGGCUGGGAGAUUCAGGGCAGCACCAAGCCAGAAGGAAAGAGGAUUGGCUUACUGCCAUCAUUUCUAAAUUUCCCCUGCAAUAAGACUCAUAGCCUGAAGGGCUUAGACCUCUUUCCCCAUGUAGUGUGGAUGCUUCCAGGAACAUGAUGGGUACCUGGGGGUGUCCCAGGCCCCUCUUCCUGAAGUGCCUGUGCUCUGUGAAGACUCAUGGAGAACCAUUCUAAAGCCUCAUUUUAACUGUAAAAGCAGGGAAGUCUGUUUUACUGAGGAGAAUGUACAGUUUAUAUGACUUUUUAAGGACAAAACUCUUGGCUCUGUUACCAUGUGGAGCUGUGCCUCGGGGUCCCUGGGACUUGCCAUCCCCUACUUUGCAGAGUGCAGAGUCAGAGGAGCCCUACUGGGUACCAGACCACUUGGGGGACACUGAGGGAAAUAGUGUGGACCAAGGAGUGCUCCAGGGGUGGGCUGCCUGGGCUGCCCAGCCUGCCACCUCAGGGUCUCUGGGGGGACUGCUGACCUGGCCACGGGACAUGUAUGUUUCCCCUUCCAUGCUGGGUGGGUGAGUGAGUGACAGUUGGCAGGGGGUGGAGGGCGGGACACAUGAGAAGGUAUAAGUACAGAUUUUAAAAAAGGAAAUCACUUAAACUUCCUGGCUCUUGUUCAAAACGGUGGUGAGCUCCUACGUGGGCUGACUUGCUAAAGGUCACACCCCCGCCCCGGCUGAGCCUAAACCCUGUGACAGCACGUGAUCUGGAAGGCAGGCGGCAUGGGGGUGGCUUUGAGUGCCACAUUAAGCUCUGGAAUACCCAAGCUGCAGUCACUUACAGGUUAGAAGGGACCCUGGUGGUACUGGCUUCAGAUCCGUAGGGAAUGGGACCUUGUUAAUUCAAACACAAAGAUUCCAUAGCUGUGGACUGCCCCAAGCUUACCUUCAUUCUAUCUAUGAAAAACAUUUGCUAAAGCAAAUUAAUGAUAUGAACAAAAAUUAUAGGGACCAGUUUAAUCUAUGUAAGUGAACAAAACUUCCCAAGCACUUUAAAAAGGCACCAACUGUUUGCAAACAACAUGAUAAUAGGCAAACGACAUUCAUUCACCCGUGGAACCUCUAUGGCAAUAUUUUGCUUUGGGUUAUAUGUGUGUGUGUGUGUGUGUGUGUGUGUGUGUGUGCGCGCGCGCGUGAAAGUGGUAUAAGAAGGCAUCUUUCUAGGGUCUUUCUAUUACCUAGGUUGUUUUGUCUUUUUUGGGUUUUGUACUUACCAUUCUAGCUCCCACACCUGCAGUCUCUCAAGCCAUUCUCCCACUCCCUUGCUAUCUGGUCUUUCCCCCUCUUCUGGGUGGAAUAGAUAGAUCCUGGAAUAGAAUUUCCCAGAACUUAUUUCCUGGAGGUCCAAAAGACCCAGCCCUAGUCCUGGCAGGGACUCCUUAGGUCCUGGUCACGCAGGUGCCAGGAGGUGUCGCAUGGGUGAGAGGGUGCUAAGCCCUCCUACUCCGUCCUUGUGAGCACCAGGGGUUCUUGGCAGUGAGCACUGCUCGGCACACUUGGAAGGUCUCCUCAACUGUUCUCCCCAGACUCACCUCUAGUGUCCUGUAAGAAGUUUUUAAGUUAUAUUUAUUUUGUUGGUUUUAUUUUUAAAAUUGCACAGAACACUAAGACUGAAAGGCUGAACUCUGUUUUACCCUUAAAGCUUUGCCUUCUUUCUGAACUUCCUUUCCCACUUGGUGGGAAGAGCCCAGAAGCAGCUCUGCCCCUGCCCCGCCCCCCAAGAUGGACAAUUCCCGCCUUUAGCUGUAUUUAGCUUUGAGUUGCAUCUGGUCAACCUGUAUGUAUGGAGCCGGGCCCCUUGCUCUAGAGUGUUCAUCCCGCCAGUGCCUUUCUUCUGGAGGAGAGGACUCCUCUGCCCUGUCCAGACAGGUGCCCCUCCUCUGUACCCUGUCCCCGUAGAUCUUGGGGAAAAUGGAACUGUUACAAGCCCCUGCACAGUGCCUGUCAAACAGACUGCAGACGCUCUCUACCUUCCUGAAUAAAGACUUUGGAGA